AACACAACCUGCAAUCGCUCCGCAGCCAGAGCUAUCUGGGUCCUCAAGGUCGAAAGGGGCCAGCCACGGUCUGCGACAACAAUGCGCGGUGUCAAUAUUUGCUCCGCGAGCAGGCUGACAGCCCCAAAACCGCAGCCUGUUACAUCCUCCAGAUCCUUCUCCCGGAAUAUUUCCACUUUCUGGCAUUCGCAACGGCCGUGUCCCGUAAAGCAACGAAGUCGCUCAACUACCGCCCGAUUCUUUCAGACAUCGAGCUCGCCAAGACAGACUUUCUCGCCUGACUGCGCAUCGUCAGCGAGAGAACCAUCAUCUACCAGCUCCGAAUCCCACAACAUAUCGCAGUCUCAACCGUCCACACCCAAACAGCCCAGCAAAGUAAUUUUCUCCGGAAUACAGCCCACCGGUGUCCCGCACCUGGGAAACUACCUUGGUGCUCUACGACAAUGGGUCAAACUACAGAAUGAAGCUGCAGAAGAGCCAGAUACCGCAGUGUUAUAUUCCAUAGUCGAUCUGCAUGCCAUUACAAUACGACAGGACCCAGCACAGCUCCGGCAAUGGAAGAGGGAGUCCCUUGCAACAUUACUGGCAGUAGGAUUGGACCCGGAUAAGUCUAUGCUUUUUUAUCAAAGCAAUGUUUCCGCACAUUCUGAACUCAUGUGGAUAUUAUGCUGCACAGCAUCAAUGGGUUAUUUGUCUCGGAUGACGCAGUGGAAGAGCAAGCUUAAUCUGCCAGAGGAUGCAUCACCAAUAGCAGAAUUGACCAAGUCAAAGCUCAAGGCCGGUCUAUUCUCAUAUCCAGUCCUUCAGGCAGCCGAUGUUUUGGUUCACGGCGCAACUCACGUCCCUGUGGGUGAAGACCAAGCUCAACAUCUUGAAUUUUCUCGAACCUGUGCCGUAAAUUUCAAUGCCGCAUAUGGCAAGGUUCUCCGGCAGCCAACUACCAUAAUUUCUCCUGCUCGGCGGGUCAUGUCUUUACGACAACCGCAUCUAAAAAUGUCCAAAUCACACGAAGACCCUCGUUCGAGAAUUAUUCUUACUGAUUCUGCGAAUGAUAUUCAUGCGAAGAUCCGAGCAGCUGUGACGGAUUCAAUCGAGGGCGUCUCGUACGAUCCUUCGGCGCGUCCUGGCGUGUCGAACCUUAUUGAGCUCAUGUCCCAUUCCCUUGACGGAAAGCAUUCUUGUGAGGAGUUGGCCACGGACUGUGAAUCUUUGAGCAUGCGUGCCUUCAAAGAACGGGUUGCAGACUGCAUCAUCGAGCACCUCCAGCCAAUUCGCGAAAAGUAUCACGACGUCUUGAACGCGGACGGAGGCCGUUAUUUACAAGAAACCGCCCUCAAGGGAGCAGAGAGGGCUCGCCAAAAUGCGGCAGUGACCAUGACACGCGUGCGCGAAGCUGUGGGUUUGGAUUAGAACCCUUGCUGGCAUUGCAACUUAGAUUCAACUACUCGGGAAAAGCAUUCAUUUACUGUAUCAUAUAGCAUCGGCUGGCCGACUAUUGUGUCAUAUGGGCAUCGAUCGCGUCAUUGUUGACGGAUUCUUAUCUUUUCGAGUAUAUAAAAUGUAUAAUAGGAUGGAGAUAGACUUCACUGCAUACAGGGAGCAACAGGAUCUGUGUCAAGGAGAAGGGGGGAUAAGGGUGUUUUACUGUUUUGGGGGAGAUAUACGUAUUCUAAAGAUCACCACAUCCCAUACACCCUUUUGAGCAGGGUCUGUAUAAAUGUAUUCUGCACAUCAUCAUUAAUUUGUGCAGGAUCUGUCCGAAUCUCAAUGGUUGUACCGGAGCGAGUCGGGGAUAGUUGGACCGGCGGUGCUAUGUCCGAUGAGACGGAAACACUUAGUCAUCACCCCG